CUCUGAUUUUGAUUUCACCUCCAAAUGGAGGGGCAUUUUAAUUUGGCGUCGCGUCUUCUGAACUUCGCAAGUUCGCAUUCUUCUCUGUCAGCACUCUGAUCACUGCAUUAGGGUUCUACUCAAACUCCAUUACUACCAAAUUCAUCAUCCAUAGAAGAAGAUUUAAAAAUUAUUAAAAGAAAAAAGAAAAACAGAGUUCCCAUUCCAAUGGCUGAGGCUUCUUCGCCUCGCUCUCAAACUUCAUCAUCCCCUGGCGGAUAUACAGUUAAAGACGCAAAUGAAGAGGAUCAAUUUAGGGAAACUGAGCUCUUCAAGGACUCCUUUGUGCUCAAUAGUCCAUUCACUGAAAUGGAGGUUGAAAACCUUAAUCUGAACACUGAGAUUGUAGAGGAUACGGAGCCUGCAGAGGACAUGACAACUGGUACAAUGUGUGAGUAUGAACAAGUUGUGCUCGACAGUGAGGACGAAGAAAUGAAUGAUAGAGGUGUUGGCAAAGGAUUUCUUAAGGAUGAAACUAGUCCAACAGUGAAAAUUCAUUCGACUCUCUUUCAAAAGAGACAGCCCAAGCCACCUUGUGAGCAAGUAGAUGCAAAUGCCACCACUUUUGGGAAGUCUACUGCUGGGUACAAAGGAGCUUUAGUUGAUGCUGACGGCUUUGAUGACAACAACCAUUUAUAUCCACCUGCAAUGCUAAGUCACAUUCACUCACCAGAGCCUGGGGAUUCCACUGAAGCUGCACUUGGCUUUGUGGAUCAGUACUUGUCAUCAAAUGAUGUGGACUUGUUUCAAGUAAUUCAUUAUGGAAAGACCACUAGGGAGAAAUCACCUUAUGUCUUGAGUUCUAGAGGACCACUAAAUCUGGCUAAGAAAAUUAAAGCUCGAACUCAAAGUGAAGAAAAAGAACCUUUCAAAUGGGUUGAUAGUUGCCAACAUGACAACAAAGCUGGUAUUUUUGGUAAAAAAAUUGAAGAAUCUUCAAAUUUUGGAAGAUACAAACAGACAUAUACGAGAAAAAGACAAAAAGAAGGUGGCCAUCUUCAGGGACAAGGAAACUGUAAUACAAGUAAUAGAUGUGAUGAGAAGUUACGCCAAGGACCAAGAACGGAAACUGAAAAUAAUAACUCUCUCAAGGAAUUGGAUGUUCAACCAAGUGCUAUAAGUGAGAAUGUUAAUGUUUAUUCCAGUGUAACACAUAUAGAAGACUUGUAUGAUAUUGGUUUAGACACUCAAAUAGCUGCUGAAGCUAUGAAUGCCUUAGCCUUUGUGCCCCCUUCUGGCUGCCAGUUCAAUGAUACUCAUCAACCAGAGAAUGCAUUAGAUGGCUCUUUGAGCGACUUGACAGAAAAUGAAGCUCUUCUGAAGAAUUCUUCAGAGAUUCAGAAUCCUGGUUUACAUUCUAUCACAAUAAAAUCAAAUAAGAAAAAUCCAUCUUCCUCUAGAUUUAGUAAAAUAACUUUUAGCUCUUCUUGCAAGCACACUGACAAGCAGGAGCCAAGUCUUGUAUCAUGGAAAAUGAAAAAAAUGAGAAGCAAGCCAAAUUCUGAGGGACAGAUUGAUAAUAAUACUAGUUUGCCAAUAUGCAGUAAACAUGUAUUGCUUGAAGCGGUUUGCUCACUGGGAGAGUCCACAAGUUUGCAACCUGCUGCUGAAGAACCUAAGGAUUGGAACAAUGAGAGCAGGCAGACAAGAAUCAAAGAUCAACCAAGUCAUCAUACAGAGGGGAACAAUAAUGUUACGGAGAAGGGUAUAAAACACAAGAGGAAGGGGAGUGGUUUAGUGGCUGAACCAGUGAAGUUUGGUGUUAGGACAAAGCGUCUUAAAUUGCCUACCAAUUCAUGUACAGUUGCUAGGAAAAGCAGGUUGAAUCAUCUGGCUCAAGUUAGUCCACAGUUAUCUGCAAUCAGCAGUUUUUCAAGGCCUGAUUCUUGGGUUUAUCCAAAAAGAUCGAGAGGGAAAAGAAAGGGGGAUAAUGUGGGAACCAAUCUUAAUGCACCAACAGUUGUGUGUAUUGAUGGAAAAGAAAAUAAUGUUUUCUCCCCUAGAGGUCUAGAGGAUCAAGAUGAUGUGGAUAAACCAUGUUUUCCUCACACCCAUCCACUCUGCAAUGCUUCAUGUGUAGACAAUGCCAGAUGCUUGUUGCAGGGGAACUUUGUGCCACCAGGUUCAGCUGGUGAUGCAAUGAAGGUAGAUAACUUGCAUGAUAUGCACCCGUUAUUGCUGGCACAUGUUGAACUAUCAUCAAACAAAAGCAUCGCACAAUCGAGAUCAGAAAUUCCAGCUACAGUUACUGCAAGCAAAGGCAUAAAAGUUUCAAAUGCUAACCAUACAUACACUGAGCAUCACAAAAAGCCAUGUGAAAAAUCCCUGCCAAAGACUUCGGUUUCAGUUUUGAAAGAGCUUAUCAGAUUAGGAGUUCCUGAGUUCACGUCAGAUAUGAUGUGGAAGCAUCUGAGACAUCGAAGAGAUAUGACAGAUGUUCAAGUACUGUUUAGCCAACAUUUGGAUGACAGUAUUAUCAAGCAGCAAAAAAAGAUCUUGGCACGUCUCAAUAUAUCUGUUGCGUCAAGUUCAAUCGAGGCCACACAUUUCAUAGCAGACAAAUUUACACGCACAAAGAAUAUGUUGGAAACAAUGGCUCUUGGGAAAUUAGUUGUGAAUCACUUAUGGCUUGAGAGCUGUGGACAAGCCAACUGUUUUAUUGACGAGGAAAAUUACAUUCUGAGGGAUAUGAAAAAGGAAAAGCAAAUAGGCUUUAACAUGCCUGUUUCUCUUGCUCAAGCAAGACAAAAGCCGCUCCUAAAGGGUAAAAGAGUCUACAUCACGCCACAUAUUAAACCUGAUAAGGAAGUUCUUGUAAGUUUGGUCACCGAUGUUCAUGGCCAGGUAGUUGAUGAAAGUGGGGUGUGCGCAGACAUGAAUGAUAAUAGCUUAGAUGAUCUGUUGAUUCUUUCUUGUGAAGACGACUAUGCAAUAUGCCACCGUUUCCUUAAGAGAGGAACUGCAGUUUACAGCCCAGAGCUUGUUCUGAAUGGAAUUGUAAUCCAAAAAUUGGAACUGGAGAGACACCAACUCUUCAUGAAUCAAGAUACAAGGAAUAACCCAAGAGUGUCUAAUCGGUUUGGGAAGAUUUACAGAAGGCGUUGAGGCCAUUUUUCUGGACCGUAGCUGAUUUUUGCAAGUGUCAUUCAGGUCUACGGUGGAACUCGUAAAAUUAAUGGGCACUCUCAUCUCAGAUGUUGACUUAUGCUACUUGUGCAGUUACUUACAAAUGCGUCUUUAUCUUUCUUUUUCUUUUUCUUUUUACUUUGGCAUGUUCUUGUUAAUAGAAUCAAAUGGCGUCAAAGGAUAGCUACAGAGCAGGGGAUUUGUUUCUCGUUUGGGUGCAUGUAGUGAUUUUAAUGUAGUAUAUAACUUGACCAAGGUAAUGGCAUGAAGAUUCUGACAAAUCUGUAGAUACACAAUGUACGUAUUUUCCAUUUCUGGCUAAAUGCAAGACAUUGCCUAUUCCAGCUGCA